AUGUCAGAAGCCACCAACAGAAGCCAACAUAGUUUACCACCAGAAUCGCAAUAUCAGCAGCAGCAGCAGCAACAACAACAACAGCACGAUCCUCGGAACAGACGACAGGGUGCACCAGCAGACCCAAACUGGCAGCCUGCCCUCAGUUCCAUCCCUGACGACGGCGACCUCUUCGACGAAGCAGCCUAUGGGUUAGGCCCUCCGCCUUCCCAACCCAAUGCAAUAAUGCAGCAUCCGAACCGCUCGGCUCCGUCACUGCCUUCUCACCAAAACCAAAACCACGGACACGACCCAAAUGCACCGCCAGUCCCUCAGUAUGAUCCUACGGCAGUCUUGGACCAGUUUGGUGCCAUGAGAAUUAGUGAUCCUACGGGACAAGGGUCUCGAUAUCCUCCUCACCCCGGCGAUCCCAUCCCACGCGCCGCGUCUUCAAUGUCUGCACGAGGGCCACCGCAUCAGCAGCACGCCUACGGUCACCUCAGACACGCAAAUACACUACCCCCAGGACCAGGGUAUGGUCAAGGACAGGGACCACCUCAUGCCUACGAUCGUCAUUGGGCGAACGCGGGGGAUCCUUCGAUGUAUCCACCUCCUCAACAAGCCGAGGGCUACCCACCUAACGGACAAUAUGCAGCAUAUGAUCGCGGGCCAGAGGGCGCCUAUCCAAACGACCCAUCCUACCAGGGCUAUGGCUCUCCUGAACUUGCCUACGAUCAACCGUCAUAUAAUUACCAUCCCCAGCACAUGCAACCACCUCAACAACAGAGCUGGCAGGGCCAGCCUCCCCAGGCAGAUUAUAAUAUCUACGCCGCGGCUUCAGAUGUGUUAGGCAUGGCACCUCCCCCGGGUCCUCCAGCGGUACCUCCAGCGUAUGAUCCAAGCUAUUCCACGCGUAGCUCCUACGCCGCUAGCUCAAUAUCAUUACCCUCUUCUCAUUCCUCACAACAUGGCCCUGGUCCUUAUGGUCCGCCAUCGGUGCAUAGCCAUAAUGAACCAGAGAUCGCCCCACGUCCGUCACUCGAACGAUCCGGAACAUCGGCUUCUGUCAAUCUACGAACGAGCAAGACUAAAGCAGUUGACUUGAGUGCUCCUCCCUAUACUAAGGAGUACAUCGAUCAGUAUCGCCAACGCAUCAAAGCGGAUCCAGAUCCUGAAGCCCAUUUCUUAUACGCUAAGUAUCUUAUCGACGCCGCGAGGAAAAUUCGGGCAGACCAUAAGGAUCAGCGCGCAGCGAAGAAAUAUACCGAGCUUCUGAUUACAGAAUCACUGAAAGUCGUCCGCAAGCUUGCGACGCAAGGCGAGGCAUAUGACGAAGCUCAGUUCUUCCUGGCGAAUUGCUACGGUACCGGUGCGCUUGGUUUGCAGGUAGAUCACGAAAGGGCGUACCAUCUUUAUCUGCAAGCUGCCAAGCAGAAUCACGCUGCUGCUUGCUACCGCGUCGCCGUGUGCAACGAGAUUGGUGCUGGUACACGGAAGGAACCGCCCCGUGCCGCUGCAUUCUAUCGAAAGGCCGCCUCGUUGGGAGACACUCCAGCGAUGUACAAACUUGGCAUGAUCUUGCUAAAUGGAACAUUGGGUGAAGCAAAGAACCCCCGCGAGGCUAUCAAUUGGCUCAAGCGAGCCGCGGAGCAGGCUGAUGAAGACAACCCACACGCGCUCCAUGAGCUCGGUAUUCUCCAUGAACAAGGCGAUAACCAGCUCGUCAUUAGCGACCCAGCGUACGCCAGACAACUGUUCACACAGGCAGCGCAUCUUGGCUAUACUCCUUCGCAAUUCAAACUCGGGCAGUGUUAUGAAUAUGGUUCGUUGACAUGCCCAAUGGAUCCUCGUCGUUCCAUUGCUUGGUAUACGAAGGCGGCUGAAAAGGGCGAUGCCGAGGCAGAGCUGGCUCUUAGCGGCUGGUACUUGACGGGGAGCGAGGGCGUGCUGAAACAAAGCGAUUCAGAGGCAUACCUUUGGGCCCGACGGGCUGCCAAUAAGGGAUUAAGCAAAGCUGAAUACGCCGUGGGGUAUUACGCAGAAGUUGGCAUUGGAAUCAAGCAAGACAUCGAGUUUGCGAAGCGAUGGUAUAUGCGAGCUGCAGCGCAAGGCAACAAACGCGCCAUGAACCGGUUGACAGAAAUCAAACGGAUGGGAAAUAAGAGGAUUAAUGUUGCUAGGCCUACGCGGCAACAGGCCAAAGACGAAUGCGUAAUCUGUUAA